AUGCAGAUCCUCAGCCAGGCAGUCCUGUUGUUCUGCUGUGUUUGGGCAGCUCAUGGAGAAGAUGCUGCUGAAGCUGCAAGGAGUAAAACCGCCUGGGAUGGAACUAUCCAGUUUGUUACAAAAGGCAAGGACCAGUGCAACUUGAAAGUGACGGAACACGUGGAGGUCACCAGGCUACGUGUUGAGUGCCAGGGCCCGAAAGCGUCUUACUGGUGCGAGUCUGAAGGCAAGCCAAAGGUUUGCCGCAACUACAUCGCUAACCCUCGACACUUUUUCACACAGAUCAUGUGGGAACUGCGUAAGCUGCAGAAUGCCUGUAAUGGCCAGCGUAUCAUUAAGCCACCCAUGUGUAAAAAAGCAUCAGACGAGGCCCAGAUGGUCAUGACUCGUGGUGCCUCAUCAGUACAAGCAACUGCUGUAUCAAACUUAGCCACUACACAACCUCCAUCUGCCAAAGAAGAGCAAGUCAAACCUGAGCAGACUAAACAAGAGCCACCUUCACCUGCAGAACAAGCCAAGCCAGAACAAGCUAAAACAAAUGGAGCAAAACAAAAGCCAGUAAGACAAAAGCCAGUAAAACCACAACCCACCAGAUCUCAGCCUGCCAGACCAGCCAAGUGGUUACAAUAA